CAGAAGAAGACGCCAGAAGAAGAAGCACAGGAAGUCCAAAAUGGCGAUGGACGGAAUGAUGUCCACGUCCUCGGGUCUUUCCUACCACAGUACCGGGGACUUUUACCCCCGAAAGUUGGGGCCGAAGCCGGACGUGGUGCCGUCCGGGGUCACCGAGAGGAAAGUGGGGCCGCUGGACAAACCUGACAUGGUGUCGGUGGAUGUCAUUAACGUCAACGAUUCAGAUGUCCACAUGCACAGGAAGAAGCAUGAGCAGGACACGUACGUCUUGGGCACCAUUCAUCCGUUCAGGAAGACGCACAAAUCAGUCUUUGGAAAACUCAAGCAGGAAUUCAGACUGGUCACUUCAGAUAGACGGUCGUGGAGGAUCCUGCUGUUCGGGGCUCUCAACCUGCUGUGUACCGGCUGUCUGCUGAUGUGGUGCAGCUCCACCAACAGCAUGGCCUUAACCGCCUACACGUACCUCACCAUCUUCGACCUGUUCAGUUUGAUCACCUGUCUCAUCAGUUCCUGGGUGACCAUGAAGAAGCCGAGUCAGAUCUACUCGUUUGGGUUUGACAGACUGGAGGUUUUGGCGGUUUUUGCGUCCACUGUUCUCGUCCAGCUCGGAGCCUUGUUCAUCCUGAAGGAGAGUGUGGAGCGCUUCAUGGAGCAGCCUGAGGUCCAUACUGGCCGUCUGUUGGUCGGGACCUUCGUGGCUCUGUUCUUCAACCUGUUGACUCUGCUGUCCGUCAGGAACAAGCCCUUCACCUACGUCUCAGAAGCGGCCAGCAGCAGUUGGCUUCAGGAACAUGUGGCAGAUCUGAGUCGAAGUUUGUGUGGCAUCAUUCCUGGUCUGAGCAGUGUGCUGCUGCCUCGUAUGAACCCCUUUGUCCUGAUCAACAUGGCGGGCGCUCUCUCCCUCUGCAUCACCUACAUGCUCAUAGAAAUCAAUAACUAUAACGCGGUGGACACAGCGUCGGCGGUGGCCAUCGCCCUCAUGACCUUCGGCACCAUGUAUCCGAUGAGCGUCUACAGCGGCAAAGUUCUGCUGCAGACCACGCCUUCGCACGUCAUUGGCCAGCUGGACAAACUGCUCCGAGAGGUGUCCACUCUGGAAGGAGUUUUGGAGGUUCGGAACGAGCACUUCUGGACCGUGGGCUUCGGGUCUCUGGCCGGCUCCGCCCACGUUCGUAUCCGCCGAGAUGCCAACGAGCAGCUGGUUCUGGCUCACGUCACCAACCGCCUGCUGCCUCUCGUCUCCACGCUGACUGUCCAGAUCUUUAAGGACGACUGGACCAGACCCCUCCUCAGCGGGACCCUCUCCUCCUCCCCCUCCCCUCUCCCCCCUCUGGGUCCUGAAGGCUACACCACCCUCCCCCCUUCCUCCUCCUCCCCUCUCCCUCCUCUCCUCUCCGACCCGCUGACCUCCACCCCGUCCAAACCCAGCAGCCCUCCUCCCGAGUUCGCCUUCGAAACGCCGGGGAGGAACGUGCAGCACCAGGUGGUCCUGCCCGUCCCGGGACACCACCACCACGCCCACAGGCCCUACGGAGGCCUGGGACUCACCUACGGAGCGUCUCCCUACGCCGGGAUGCUGAGUCAGGGCGGCCAGGGUCUCGGAGCCGGGUUUGGACUCGGAGUGCCUUCCUCUCAGAGCUACAGAACUGCCUUCGCCGCGCCGACUUUGCCGCUACGGUUCGGAAGCAGCAACCCACCUGGGGCUUCACCGUCGCAGUACAGACAGUACCGACCCUGAUGGACCUUUAUUCACGUCAGACAUGUGGACUGGUCAUAGUAGGAGAAGCAACAGCUGAUGUUGAUCACCUUAACGAUGGCUCAGUUCCAUCAAGUGUCCCAGUUUAGAUAUUUCAGUGAGUCAGCA